UUGAAGAAUGGGUUCCCUUGGUAUGGUGUUUAUUGUUACAAUUUGCUUAGUAAUGGGUCCAUGGAGUAGGACAAUGGUUGCAGGUAAGUUGUGUCUUGGCCCAGCAGUGGCUCUCGCAUUUACACCAUGUUUGCCCUACUUUGACCAUAAGGAAGAAAGGCCAUCGAAAGCAUGUUGUAAAGGAUACGAUGGAGUACAAGCGAGAACAAAAACCAAGGCAGAUCGUGUGGCUACAUGUAGUUGCUUACAAGCGUUGUUGCAGAAUCACGACAUAAGGCAUUUCCAUUUUAUCAGAGGCUUGUGUAGUUUUGACUUCUCGAAAGGACUAGGAAUCCCUGAUGUUGGACCAACUGCCGAUUGCUCAAAAAAUCCAUAGGUAUGGAGAGGUUUCGGGCAUCAAGAUGGAUUUAUUAAGAAAUUUUUUAUAGUAAUCAAACUUUGAAUUUUAAUCAAUAAUAUUUAUUAUUUACAGUUUCAUGUAAUGAG